UUAUUCCAAAUUUCAUCAUCGUAUGAUGUUGGAGUUGACCGAGGCAGGCUGGUGCAAUUUGUUGAAUCUCUUCCUUACUCUUGCCCUGGUGACUGACACAGAGGACGUUACAUCUAGGAUAGUUGACUUGCUUGAUAUGGUUGGUCCAUUAACUGAGAAAUCGGUUAGCAGCCUGGUGAUCAGAGGAUGCUUUGUGCUCUGUCUUAUCAAUGAAGAGAAAGAAACAGAUGCCUCUAGCCUAGCACACAGGCUGUCAUUGUAUUUUACAGCUGCCUGCAGAGAGAUAAGUGUAGCAAGCAGUGAUAGCCGACGCCACCAGUGGUACAACCAGAUUGCAGUUUACCUGGAAGGAAUAGAGGAGUUGCGAGUUGUGCAUCCCGCACUGAUAGGUGAAGGCUUCAAGAUGGUGUUUAGCUGCUGCCGUGACCAGGAACUCAGGAAGGUAUUGCUUGUGCUGACACAAGCUAUUGACAGCUUUUGCCAUCGUAUAAUGCAGACUCCAAUAACGUCAGCUGAUGAAGUGUCUGCAUCAGCAUGGUGGAAAAAUGUUUUUCCAUUUGUGAAAUCUCACGUGAUGACACUGACCCCAUCGUCCCAGCUUACCAACCUUGCAGUGUCAUUUACAAGACUGGCUCGCCAUCUACCACCAGAGGGUAGCACUGGUGUGCAUGAAACCUAUUUAACGUGCCUCGAGUAUUUUGGCUUCGAUGAAAGUGUGUCUGCCAGUGUGAGCACAAGCUUUCUUUGGCAGAUGUCUAACAACCAGGAAUUGGAGCAACUGAGUGACGUGGAGGCCCGCAUAAUUCAGACGCUGUUCCGUUGCUGUGUGCAAACGUCAUUGCAGAAUGCUUCCAUGAGCAGCACAGAGCAUCUCCAGCAACUUGCACAGUUAGUUUUAGCACUGCCAAAGUUCCGACAAGAGUUUUCCUCAGCGGGCAUGCAGCUUCCCACAGGACCAGAGCAUCCUCAUGCUGUGAUAAUGGCAUUCAUCAAGGCUUUGAGUGCCAGCUAUGCUCAAUCUGCUAGUUUAUUAGAGAAGCGAAACUUACAGCUGAAAGCAGAGUCUUAUCUUGGAAACGUUGCUGCUCAUGCUGGAAAAGUGCUGAAAUCUGCGAACCCAGACGAGUUAAAAACCGCAUAUUCCUUGGUUGGACGCCUAAUCAAAAACUGCUCGCUGCUGCUUUACUCAAAGACUAGGCCAGACUGUAUACUAGUGGAAGUCAUAGAAACCAUGCUAUUUCCACGGUCGUUGACUUCAAGCAAGCAGGGACUUCAUCCUGCAGUGCAGCACGCCAUACGUGAGCACUUGAUUCUGUUUGUGCAUGGACUCAAACAGUUAGAUCAGAGGGACCCAUAUGUCAGCAGGAGGCUUGCUGAUAUAAAAUAUCACUGGAAAUUUCAACUGUAGACCAGAUGACGUGUUUUAUUGUGUAUAACCACUUGGUAUAACGUAUUGGCCUCAUUGUAAAUUUUUAAAGCCGCACUAUGCGCAUCCAAACGCUAAUUUCUCCAGUACUAGACUAGCAAAUACUUCGUGUCAUGCAU